CCAGCUCCUCCUCUUUGACAUGUUAACUCGGCUUUGCUGUCAAUCCGAGCAAAGCAGAGAGAGCUUCAGAGCUGCAGAGAAGUCUGACUGACAUGGAGAAAUUAGAAGGAAGACAAUCCAGAAAGAAAGUAGUGGCAGUGGUGGGCGGUGGUUUGGUUGGAGCGUUAAAUGCCUGCUUCUUUGCCAAAAGGGGCUUCAACGUUCACGUCUUUGAAAGCAGGGAAGAUAUCAGGAAAGCCAAAAUCGUGAAGGGGAGGAGCAUCAACCUGGCCUUGUCUCACAGAGGUCGGCAAGCAUUGAAGCAUGUUGGAAUGGAGGACAAGAUCAUCUCCAAGGGAAUUCCCAUGCAUGCAAGAAUGAUCCACUCACUCAGUGGCAAACAGUCUCCAAUCCCUUAUGGCAGAAAAGGCCAGUACAUCCUGUCGGUGGACCGGGCUAACCUGAACAAAGAGCUUCUGAGCGAGGCAGAGACGUAUCCAAACACCACGCUGAACUUUGAACACAAGCUGCAGGACUGGAGUGCUGACACGGGGCUGAUGACCUUUAGCAGGUCUGAUGGAUCAAAGGAUCAAAUUCAUGCAGACCUGAUUGUCGGUUGUGAUGGAGCGUUUUCCGCCACUCGAAAGCAGUUCCUUCGCCGUAGUCGUUUUAACUACAGUCAGACGUACAUCCCUCAUGGCUACAUGGAGCUCACCAUGCCCCCCGUUAAUGGCGAGUUUGCCAUGAAGCCUAAUUAUCUGCACAUCUGGCCACGAAACACUUUCAUGAUGAUAGCCCUACCCAACCUGGACAAGACAUUUACCUGCACCCUCUUCAUGCCCUUUGAGGACUUUGAGAAGAUCACAACAGGGGACGAAGUCAUCCAGUUUUUCCAAAGUUACUUCCCUGACACGAUCCCGCUGAUUGGAGUUGAAGCACUCAAGAAAGAUUAUUUCCGCCUUCCUGCUCAAGCAAUGGUUUCCGUUAAGUGCUCCCCAUAUCACAUUGGUGACAAAUGUGUCCUGAUGGGAGACGCAGCCCACGCCGUGGUGCCGUUCUACGGGCAGGGGAUGAACGCUGGCUUUGAGGACUGCAUUGUCUUUGAUGAACUCAUGGAGCAGUUCAACGAGGACUUCUGUGCCGUGCUGCCUGAGUACACCAGGGUGCGGGUUCCAGACGACCAUGCAAUUGCAGACUUGGCCAUGUACAACUAUGUUGAAAUGCGAGCACACGUCAACUCCAAGUGGUUUCUCUUCAGGAAAUAUGUGGAUAACGUCCUCCACUUCUUCCUGCCGAAGACAAUAAUUCCACUUUACACAAUGGUCACUUUUACCAGGAUCCCAUACCAUCAUGCUGUGGAGCGCUGGCAUUGGCAAAACAAAGUGAUAAACUACGGCCUGCUCCUCAGUGCUGUGGGGGCUGUUUUGGGGGGCUCCUACCUGCUCACCAAACAUAGUCAACAAGUUAACAAUCUUGCUGUUCCUGCUGAGAAAAUGUGGACCAGACUUGUGAGUUUUCGGAUCCCUGGAAUGAUGACGACCCAAAUGUGACAAAAGUGAACUCAUUAGCUGUUCAUCAAAUGAUAGAGAGCAGGUCUUUAAUGCAGAGAUGGCUCUAAUUCUAAUAAUAAAAUUCAUCAAAACAUUUUGACAAUACCAUAAUGAUGUAGUGGUUAGCGCUCCUACCUCAAAGCUAGAAGGUCCUGGUUCCAAUCUCGGCUGGGUUCUUUCUGUUAGCAUGUUCUCCCCAUGCAUGCAUGGGUUUUCUCCAGGAACACCGACUUCCUCCCACCAUCCAAAGACAUGCUUAGGUUCAUUAGUAAAGGUGUGCAUGUGUGAGUGUGUGUGGGACAGUGAUUGUGUGCCCUGUGACAGCCUGACUGGGGUGUACCCCACCUUUGCCCAACAGUAGCUGGGACAGGCAUACAUUCAUGGGUUUAAACAAAUGUUUUACAGAAACCAAUAAAUGUGUGUUU